ACCACAAGUCUCUCAUUCUGUAACAACCACCGUUUCUUCUCUCUCAUUCAUCAUCUCUCUCUAAAACAACAAUGUCGUUGCGAAGAUCGUUCCUAUCACGGCGAGCCAGCAGCCGACUAAAGGAUUCAAUAAGCCUAUCAAACUCGUCGGAAAUCAGCAUUGCUGAACCGCACGCCGGCGAGAAUGGCGGAGGUUGCUGGUCUAACAUGUUGCCGGAGCUUUUAGGAGAGAUAAUCCGGCGAGUGGAAGCGAACGAUGACCGGUGGCCGCUCCGACGAAAUGUGGUGGCGUGUGGAUGUGUGUGUAAGCGGUGGAGAGAGGUUAGUAGAGAGAUCGUUAAGCCUCCGGUUCACGCCGGGAAUAUUACGUUUCCUUCUUGCCUUAAGCAGCCUGGUCCACGUGAUACUCCGGUUCAGUGCAUUAUCAAAAGAAACAAGAAGAAUUCAGUGUUUUACCUAUAUCUUGCUGCUAGCCCAUCAUUUACGAACAAGGGUAAGUUUCUCUUGGCAGCACGGAGAUAUAGAAAUGGUGCUCACACGGAGUACAUAAUAUCGCUUGAUCCAGACGAUUCAGCUCAAGGAAGCAGCGCCUAUGUUGGUAAAUUACGCUCAGAUUUCCUUGGCACAAGGUUCACAAUAUACGACACACAGCCUCCACACAGCGGGGCAAAACCGUCAAGCAGCAGAUAUGGGCGGCGGUUCACAAGCAAGCAAAUAAGCCCCCAAGUUCCAGCAGGCAAUUUUGAAAUUGGUGAAGUGUCAUACAAGUUCAACCUCUUGAAAUCAAGGGGUCCAAGAAGAAUGAUAUGUUCAUUAAAGUGCACACCAUCCCCGCGUGAACCCAACAAACCUGAAGAUGAACACGUAUUAACAAGGUCAAAGUCGGUUGCUUGUGGUCAAAGUCAAACCCUUUUAAGAAACAAAGCUCCAAGAUGGCAUGAACACUUGCAGUGCUGGUGCUUGAAUUUUCAUGGGCGGGUAACGGUUGCAUCAGUAAAGAACUUUCAGUUAGUGGCUACACUGGAUCAAAGCCAGCCGGGUGGAGAAGGAGACGGUGAAACGGUUUUGCUCCAGUUUGGAAAAGUCGGUGAUGACGUGUUUACCAUGGAUUACAGACAGCCGUUGUCGGCUUUUCACGCAUUCGCUGUUUGUCUUACUAGUUUUGGGACAAAGCUAGCUUGCGAGUGAUGACAUUGUGUUUUAAGGUAAUGUGUGUUUUUUUUUUUUUUUUUUCAAAUAUAAGAAUGCAAGUUUCUUACUUAUGGGUGGUGUGAUGUAUAUAUGAAUGAACACACUUGAACUUUGUUGGUCUGUUAAUUUGUGUUAAAAACGAAUUGUAAUUGUAAUCAAGUAAGAAUUUGGGUC